AUGCCGCAUUACGUGCGGUUCCUGAAGCCGCCGACGAUAGAGAAGGCCGGCGCUGGGUCCCGCAUCAAGACGCUUGUCACUGUUACAACCGAUCUUGGAGACUCGUUUCUCGCCGAGCAGGUACAGCUUACGGCGUCGGUGCUGGUCAACAGCUACAACGACAGCGAUGUCCAGUGCAUCCAGCAGAAGAGCUUCUGCUGGCCGGCUGGAGCUCGCGAGGUGACCGUAACCAUCGACGGCAUCAGACUAAACCUGCGGCAACACGCUGUCCAGUUACGCGUUGGGCCAGCAGCAGUCCACCUUAGACCGGAUAAUGACUUUGCUACGACGUCUAAUAUCCCAGCGGUGAUAUCAGCAUGGAGUCCGCCAUUCGGUGGCUCAGGGCCUCCACAGGCUGAGAAGCUGGUUCUCAGACGGCUGGAGACUCGCUGCCCAACCGAGGUGCGAAUCUGGGAAGAGACGGGCAACAAUCUGGCGAGACAUAUCUGGGACGCCUCACUUGCAUGGUUAAUGCUCUUCCAGGAGACACUAACUCCGGUUGAUGAGCCAGCUACCUCUUCGUUUCUCACGUUCAGGGACCUGUUGGUACAGAAGAACGGCGAGUCACGCUUCAAUGUAAUUGAACUGGGAGCGGGAUGCGGUAUCGUCGGAAUCGCACUCGCCCAGUUCAUGACGGACUGCUCGGUCCUUCUGACGGACCUGGAAGAGGUACGCGACAUCGUUAACCGGAACAUCGGCGUGUCCAAGCCCGCAGCAGGCUCUGUGGUCGAGUUCCAAGUGCUCGACUGGGACGGUGCCGUCCCUAGGCAGAUCUCAGAGCAGCAGCACGACCUUGUCGUUGUAUCUGACUGUACGUACAAUUCAGACAGCCUGCCUGCACUAGUUGGCACGAUGGCUGCGCUGGUGGACCGGUCACCGCAGGCUGCCAUCAUCGUAGCGCUCAAAAGGCGACAUGAGAGCGAAUCCGUGUUUUUUGAGCUCAUGCAGAGUGCCAGACUAGAAGUGCACGACAAGACUCGCAUCCAACUACCUAGUGUCUGCUCGGAAGAUGAUGUCGAAUCGGUAGAUAUCGAGGUAUACUAUUUUCGCCUGUUGCCGUCCGUCCAUGAUGAUAUGCCCAUCCCACUACUUCGCCCACGUCAAGCAGCCUAG